GCCUGGCCGCCCUGCUCCGCCGCGGCCCCGGCGCCCGGGGUGAUGCCAUGCCCCGCAACCACGGCGGCGGGGAGGAGGGCGGCGCGGCGGGGCUCUGGAUGAAGAGCGGCACGGCGGCGGCGGGCAUGAAGGAUGUAGAAUCGGGCCGGGGCAGAACGCUGGCGAGCUCGGCGGCCCGCGGGGACGGCCUGCUGCUCCUGGGCACCGCCGGCACAGCCGCCCCCGCCGGGCUACGGGAGAGCCGCCGCGGGAAGCACGGCGCCCGCAUGAGCCUGCUGGGGAAACCGCUGUCCUACAGCAGCGGGCCGAGCUGCCGCCGGAACGCCAAGUACCGCCGGCUGCAGAACUACCUGUACAACGUGCUGGAGCGGCCCCGCGGCUGGGCCUUCGUCUACCACGCCUUCGUUUUUCUCCUUGUGUUUGGUUGCUUGAUUUUGUCCGUGUUUUCCACAAUUCCUGAACACACAAAACUUGCCUCUGGUUGUCUCUUCAUUUUGGAAUUUGUCAUGAUUGUUGUCUUUGGUUUGGAAUUUAUUAUUCGUAUCUGGUCUGCUGGAUGCUGUUGUCGAUACCGAGGAUGGCAAGGAAGACUUCGCUUUGCAAGAAAACCGUUCUGUGUAAUAGACAUCAUUGUUCUCAUCGCUUCAAUAGCAGUUGUUUCUGCAAAAACUCAGGGUAACAUUUUUGCAACAUCAGCACUGAGAAGUCUUCGUUUCCUACAGAUCCUUCGUAUGGUGCGCAUGGACCGAAGAGGAGGCACUUGGAAAUUAUUAGGUUCAGUAGUUUAUGCACAUAGCAAGGAAUUAAUCACAGCCUGGUACAUAGGAUUUUUAGUACUCAUCUUUUCAUCUUUCCUGGUUUAUCUGGUGGAAAAAGAUGCAAAUAAUCAGUUCUCCACAUAUGCAGAUGCUCUCUGGUGGGGCACAAUCACAUUGACAACCAUUGGCUACGGAGACAAAACUCCUCUUACUUGGCUCGGAAGGUUGCUUUCUGCAGGAUUCGCUCUACUUGGCAUUUCUUUCUUUGCACUACCUGCUGGCAUCCUUGGCUCAGGAUUUGCAUUAAAAGUGCAGGAACAGCAUCGCCAGAAACACUUUGAGAAAAGAAGGAAUCCAGCUGCCAGUCUAAUUCAGUGUGUAUGGCGUAGUUAUGCGGCUGAUGAGAAAUCGGUUUCCAUUGCUACCUGGAAGCCUCAUUUGAAGGCCUUGCAUACCUGCAGCCCUACAAAAAAAGAACAAGGGGAAGCUUCUAGCAGUAAGCUUUGUAGUAAUAAACAGAAGCUCUUCGGGAUGUACACCCCUCGGAAACAUAGUCAAAAGUUAAGUUUCAAGGAGCGGGUCCGGAUGGCCAGCCCACGGGGUCAGAGCAUAAAGAACAGGCAGUCAUCAGUCGGAGAUCGCCGGUCCCCGAGUGCCGACAUUGCCACUGACGGCAGCCCCACCAAGGUCCAGAAGAGCUGGAGCUUCAAUGACCGCACCCGUUUCAGGCCAUCGCUGCGGCUGAAGAGCUCACAGCCCAAACCUGUGGUUGAUGCUGACACCAGUCUUGGAACAGAUGAUGUUUAUGAUGAUAAAGGGUGCCAGUGUGAUGUGUCAGUAGAAGAUCUCACUCCUGCUCUUAAAACUGUCAUCAGAGCAAUCAGAAUUAUGAAAUUUCAUGUUGCAAAGAGGAAGUUUAAGGAAACUCUUCGCCCGUAUGAUGUGAAAGAUGUCAUUGAACAGUAUUCAGCGGGUCAUCUAGACAUGUUGUGCAGGAUCAAGAGUCUUCAGUCACGUGUUGACCAAAUUCUUGGGAAAGGACAAAUCACUGCGGAUAAAAGAAGCAGAGAAAAGAAUACAGCAGAGAAUGAGACAACCGAUGACCUCAGCAUGUUAGGACGUGUAGUCAAGGUGGAGAAACAGGUACAAUCCAUUGAGUCAAAACUGGACUGCCUGUUAGAUAUUUAUCAACAAGUUCUGAGAAAAGGAUCUGCAUCAGCGCUCACUUUGGCUUCAUUUCAAAUGCCGCCUUUUGAAUGUGAGCAGACUUCUGAUUAUCAAAGUCCAUCCGAUAGCAAAGAUUUGUCUAACUCUGCACAAAUUAGUGGAUGUGUAUCCAGAUCAGCUAGUGCCAAUCUGCCUCGUGGCCUACAGCUAAUACUGACACCAAAUGAAUUUAGCACUCAGGCUUACUAUGCUGUUAGUCCAGCUAUGCAUAGUCAAGCGACACAAGUGCCAAACGAUGGACAUACGACAGUUAACAACACAUCAAACCAAAUAAACCAGGCAACUAAGCCAGCAACUCCAACAACGCUGCAAAUACCACCUUUCUCAUCAGUGAAGCAUAUCAAUAGGCCUGAGCCCAUUCACAUUAUUCCUGUAACCACACAGGAAAAUAUUUCUGAUGUCACCGCUUGCCUUGUUGCAUCAAAGGAUAACGGACAAGUCGCUCAGCCCAGCGCAACCAGGGAUCUCACGUGGAGAAAAGGACUGGAUACGGAAGGGGAACCUUUGCUCUCAGUUAAACCUGUGGCGCAAAUGGACUUAGGAAAAUCUUUAUCUAUACAAAACCUUAUACAGUCAACAGAAGAACUGAAUGUACAGAUUACUGGCAGUGACUCCAGUGGUUCAAGAGGUAGCCAAGAUGUAUACUCCAAAUGGAGGGAGUCAAAGUUAUUUAUAACUGAUGAAGAGUUGGAGACAGAGGCAGGAACAGAGACUACUGAAGCCAUCUCUCGCCCACUAGUGGAAACAGCUCUCUCCACUGACUCUCUAAGGACUGGAAUAUCAAGAUCAUCUCAAAACAUUUGCAAGACAGGGGACGGUACAGAAGCACUCAGUCUGCUCCACGUCAAACUUAAAUAACGGCUUGUAGGCUUUCUUCAUUGGCUGAGUCAUUCCUCCAGUCAUACAUAUCAGAGCAUGAACUAUUUUGAAAGCCUUUUUAAUGAGAUAAAAUCACAAAAACAGGAUGAAUCUGAAAAGCAGUCGAAUGAGCCCAUAUCUUCUAGUUGCAUGAAAAUGCAUGUUCAAGUGAUGGCUAAAAUUCAGAUUUAUACCUACAGUAUGGCAGCCUUUCAUGUAGUACAGUAGGUUUAAAUAAUGAAUUGCCUACAAAGCUAAUGCUGCAGGAUGUAUCAAAAAGCAAAAAUUUGAGCAUUUAGACCUAGUGCCGUUUCUACAGGGCGAAAGUAAAAAUUGUAAUAUUUAAAGCACUUUGCUUCUGAACUAAUUAAAUAUAUAUAUAUAUAUAUAUGUCCUGAUUUAGAUGAUAGUUUAUGUUUACAACAGAGAAUUAUUUACAGCUGCUAGCAAGGUACCAAGGAAAUCAGAUACACGGGAUUAGAAAUGGCUGCCAGUUGCAAGAUACACACAUUAGCUCAUCAGUAAUGAAUUAUUUUUAACUCUGAAAAGCAGUAUGAUAAUAUAUCCAUCUGGUUUUUGAUGAUUUAGUGUUGUGGCAAAGUACCCGACACACCACUACUAUCCUGUUGUUCUUUACAAUGAGAACGUUUUAUAGUUAUGAAAGGUUUGUAUUCUAAGGGUCAAGGCUGGCCUUAAAAAUGGAUAAAUUGGGUGCCUGCACUAAGAAUGCAAGGGAAUCUCUCCUUUUUUUUUCGCUGAGGAACUGUCUUGUGAAUCUGACACAUUCUGGCAGCAGUAUGUGAGGCAAAGAUGCAGGCACUGCCUUCGUUGUAGAAGCAGUAUUUCAUUCAUUUGAAGAUCUGACAGUCCUCAUUGCAGUCACAACCUGAUGCCAGGACAGUAGUUCGUGAGGCUGGGUUGUGAGGGGAAAAAAAGGAGCUGAAAUGGAGUGAAACUAAAGAGGACAAAAUGGGGAAGAGGGACACACAAUCGGUGAGGGAAAAGGAAUAAAGAUUGAGAUGGACAGGAAGGGAAAUAAGAUCCCACAAAGUAAAAGAAGGAAAGUAAAGAGAGAAAUAUAUAUAUUUUUAAAUUCCAGCCUGUCAGUCACAGAUAGUGAAUGCUAGUUCCAAAAAAGCCAUGGAGGCAACCAGAAAUGGAGAUGGAAGUAGGAAGACAACCCUACCUGAAAAAAUUGAAGGCAGUUGUUUUAUUUUUUUUUAAUUUUUGUGUGUGAUUUUUGUUUGAUUUUGCUCUUGGGUUUUUGGGGUUUUUUUUGUUUUUUUUUUUUGUUUUUUGUUUUUUUUUCUUUUUUAAAUAAAAUGUGAGGAGGAAAGAGAGAAUUUGGUCCAGCCUUUAUAGCUCAACACUUUGUCCCAGCUGCAGUCAUUUCUUACAAGGUUUCCAGUAGAGGACCUUCAGGCUCUUUCCUCCUAAAACCUGAGGCUUAAAAUAACAAGCCGACAUCAGACUGAGCAUUCCUGCUUGAUACAUCCUCUUUUUUCUUAUCCUACCUACACUUCGCUUCUGUUGAGAUGCAGGAGCAGUGUUAGUGCCUAUCUGCACAUCCCCAGCAAGGCUUCACCACUGGAAGAACCCAUGCAGAGCCGAACCAGGCUUUCAUUUUCCCCAGCUGAAGAAGGUUUCUGUGUGUUGCCUCCCUGCAAAAUUCAUACCCUACCUGCACCACAAGCUUGUAGACAACCUGACUUGGGCUCAGCUUCCUUCUAGCAGCAGAAACAGUGAAUGUAUGGGGGUGCCAGUGCCAGCUCACUCAGGGCAGUGUUUUCUCAAGGCCCAGACCUGCUGGGAACUUACUAUGUACAUCCAAAAUGUCACUCCAGUCUUAAUCAUGGCUUAAUGCUGUAGAUUGUAUUGUGAAGGACUUGAUCUGUUUACUAUGAAACCAUUGUAAUUUCUGCUUCCAUAUUUCCUUUACAAAAGUAUUCCUGGAUAUUACAUGAUAACCUUAUUAUGUGAAAGUACAUGCAAACUGUAGAGUGUAUAUAUUGUGUCAUUAUGUGGGGUCCAUGGAUGGUACACUGUGCUCCACGGCUCACGCCAGAGCAAACUUCAGCUGUUAUAUCCUGAAAGACACCUUGAAGCACAAUUUCCUCACCACUGAUUUGCCAUAUAAUUUACCACGUUCAGCCUUUCCUGUUUUCUCUAAUGUGCGGUCUGGUUAUACGAAAACCUGAUUACAACAGUAAUUUUGUGAAGAUAAAUAGAUUUUUUUUCCAUUCAUUUAACUGAUUUGAAUGUCUGCAGCUCAUCCAGGCGUAUCUGAAAGUUCAAAGUACAAUUCAAAAGUUUAAAACUUAGAAGUUUUUAGGCUUUUCUUCCUUUUUUCUUUUUUUUUUUCUUUAAUUUCUGUGUGGUUUAUGGUGCCUUUCUUGCCUUUUAUAUGAAGCCUCCUGCCAGCCUAAGCAUACACCCGCCCUUAGGUUCAGCUCAGGAGCACGACAUGAGGCACAUGGCCACAUGUGUCAGUAACAAAACUCCCCUCCUUGAUGGGACAGAAAACUAAAGGCAUCAUGAAUUGGCCUCCAAUCUUCCACCUUUGCCUACAUGAGCUGAUCACUGCCUCCCACUGAGCCAGGAAGGAGGCAACGGGAGAACUUAGCUUUGGCUCUGACUGUACACAUCCAGUACCAGAAGCAGGGCCUUGGGUUUUGCUGAUAAUUUAUCUCACAGAAACUUGGUAUUUUUGCCUUAAAUGACAUGCUUGAGUCCUUCUAAUUUUAAGUUAAUUUAUUUAAUACAAUGUUGUGCACAAAAGAAUGAAUUCUAUAAAUUAUGUAUGAAAAUGUUAAUGUCUUUACAAAGUAAUAAUAAAUCCAGAAUAUCGUAUCUUUUCAAAUCAUGGUUUAAAAACCUGAUUUUUUUUUUUCUUUUAUGCUCACCGUUAUUAUUUUUGUAGCUGCAAGUCUUAUCAUAUAGGAUUUUUUUAUUAUUAUUAUUGAUAGAAAAUAGAGUAGUGACUAUAUGAAAUUAUGGAGAGAAAGAAUUGUUUGUUUGGAUUUUUAUAAGCUUUGCUCAUAUUUCAUCUGUGGGAGUUUCCUGUUUCUGCCCUCUCUCUUUAAACGGCAGCGUCAUGACUGACAGUCAUUCAUUGGUUUCACAAAAGAAGGACCUGUCUGGCUUUUCAAGCCUUGUCUUGAGCUGUUUAUUAAAUUCAGGCUCAUGACAGCUAAUAAAAAUUUCUUAUGACUAGGGACAGAGGACAGAAUUUCUUCUGACUCUGAAUCCAUUAGAGGGUUGCUGAAGAGAGAAUGUGAACCUAGAAGAGCUUCAGGAGUUAAGCUUUAUCCAAAUAACCGCUUUCUGAUCAGUAUAUUUCUUGUACUUGAUUGAAGAGAGAACCAAAUAGUUUUGAUGACUAUUAUUUCUUUAAGAAUUUGUAUUUGCUCCUGGCUUAUAUGACCUAUACUUUUUAUUUAAAUAUGAAUAUAGUGGUUUAGCCUAGGGUUCAAGAUUGCAAAGAUCAUACACUUUUAUUCACAGUGCCCACGGUUGUCACCUAUUUGCAAAUUAAUCCUACCUAAAGUGACCGCUCUCCUUAUAGUACAGUGAUGAGCAAUUCACCUGCUCUUCUGUGGUGAGUCAGAUCAUGCUGAAUUGCUGAUCUGCUGCAUAGUAGAACAUCUGAAGUACAGUAGUAUUUCUGGAUUCAGACCUGCAAGCCUUACUCAAGCAAAAAUUCUAUUGAAUUCACUAAGAAUUUGUCUUGAGUCGGGAGCUCAGAUUCAAAUCCUUACUUUGUUGGGCAUCUGUUUAAAGUGAGAAUGGUAAUAUUCCAAUUAUUUCCUGAGGAAAGUUAAGACUUAGCUGAAUUUACCCACGUCACAUUGACUAUAUAAGAGAUAACGCACAAAGUACUGAUGUAAAAAGGGAAGAAGGGAUGUUUUUUAAAGCACAUAGGAAAGGAAAAUUAUCAGAAAAGAGGAGUAAGGAGGAAAAGAAAUAUAACAGCAAAUGAAUUGGGGGGAGGGGGGGAGAGGGGGGAAGUGUAAAGACCUGAGGCUAAAUUCAUCCUUGGAUGGCUUCACUGACUUCAAUGAAUUCUCUGCCCAACUGGGUGAAGUUCAGCCUUCGCCGAGAUAACCAGGCUCAGUUCUGCUGACUGAGGAACUGAACCCACCUAUACCAGGAACGAACUUGCCUCUCUGGGCCAACUUUUGUCCUGACUCAAAUGUCAUGCAAUCCUUUUGGAUUAUUUACAGAAUCACGAGGUUUGAAUGAGAUACAGGUCAGAAAAGAAUUUGCCCCAGAUACUUCUGCUUCACAUUUUUAUUACUUCCAAAGCGUGUUAAUCGACUUAAUUCAAAUGGAUUACAACGUCACACAAAGUGCUGUCACUGUCUUAAAAAAACUGGUUUUAGAAACAAGAAUUGUACCCUGCGGGGUCAGUGGAAGCGUGUCAUAUUUCCCUGUUUGUUCACCUGGAUACAGAUGUGGCUGUACCCUGAGCUAUGCACAGGACAAUUCCGGAUAUACCCAACACCACCUGCUAUUGGAAGCAUCUUUUUUUACUUCUUUGCAAGAUAAAAGGCCAGUUUGGCAACAGGGUGAGGACAUAUGAAGUCUGUUUCCACUGACCCUGCAGGGGAGUUAGCCAGUACAUUAACAAUGUUAAUUGUAACUUCUUGACAAAGUUGAAUCCAUAUUGUUGUUAAUAAAAAAAAAUCAUUUGGAAAGUA